GCGCAAUUCUUGUGCGUCCCAACAGAGUCGCUUGGGCUUUUCCAGUUUCGUUCGCAUACAAAGUGACUGUGUCAACCAUGAAGGUUUUGUUUCUCGUUUUCGCUAUUCUGGCCACUCUGGCCAAUGCUACCAAAGUCGACUACACUGGACACAAGGUGAUCCGCGUAGUCCCCAAAACAGAAGUGCAGCUGAGCUUUCUGUUGAAGUUGCAAGAACAAGCUUACGAUUUCUGGAGCUCUCCAUCCACUCUGGGAGCACCAGUUGAUAUUCGCAUCAGCCCUUCGCGCUACCAGUUCUUGGUCAACCUUUUGAACAGUGUCUCCCUGUCUCACACUAUUCGAUUCUCCGAUAUUGGCAAACAGAUCGAAGAUGAAGAGCGCGCCAUCAUUCUUCGCCGUGCUAUGCAUUCAGGCCGAGCAUUCGAUUUUGAAAACUACCACACCUACCCCGAAAUCGAAGCUUACGUGAACGAGCUGGCUACUACAAGCGCUUUGGUCUCUUCCUCAGUUAUUGGCACCACUUACGAAGGCCGUGGUAUCAUCAUGGCUACCAUUAGCACUGGAAGUAGCGCUACCAAGCCAGUCAUGUACUUUGAAUGUGCCAUGCACGCCCGAGAAUGGGCCGCUCCCGCUACUUGUCUUUUUAUGAUGAACGAGUUGACCACCAAAUACGGUACCGAUGCCGAGAUCACUGCACUGCUGGACUAUGCUGACUGGCUCAUCACUCCCGUUUCCAAUCCCGAUGGUUACGAUUACACCUGGACCACGGAUCGCUUGUGGCGCAAAAACCGCUCCCCGAACGGAGGACUCUGCUAUGGCACUGACCCCAACCGCAACUUCGACGCUGGAUUCGGUGGACCUGGAGCUUCUGCCAACGGCUGCUCCGAUACUUUCCAUGGCCCAUAUGCCUUUUCUACCGAAGAAGCCUCUGCCAUGCGCGAUCUCAUUAUCGCCAACAAGGGACGUGUUGUUGCCGCCGUUUCAAUCCACACUUACUCUCAACUUUGGAUGAGCCCAUACGGUUCUCAGAGUACACUUCCUGCCGAUUACACUGAAAUGUAUCGCGUCAUGGGCAUCUCUGUCAACGCUUUGACGGCCACCUACGGUACCGUAUUCCAGUACGGAAACAUCGCUGACACCAUUUAUCUGGCUUCCGGCGGAUCAAUUGAUUGGACCUACGAUGCUGAAGGAGUGCUGUACUCGUACGCUCUGGAAUUGCGCGAUACUGGCCUUUAUGGUUUUGAGCUGCCUCCCAGGUUGAUUUUGCCCACAGCCACCGAGACCUUCAACGGACUCAAAGCCAUGGCUAAGGAGAUCGCUGCUAAAUUGCCUUAGACAUAAUAUGCAUUUGACAGUCAGCAUCUUACAGUGCACGUUCAAUAAAAACAUUUCAUCAUGAA